AUGUUUGUGGCACCGGAAAAGCUACAGGCGAUGGGCAAGAACAGAGGAAGCAAGCUCGACGACUUCUACAGACGAAGCAAAAGAAGCUCGCGAGGUUGCAUUUCUCAUUUGCUGAGCGGCGACUCAACCGUCGUAAGGAAUAACGGCCGGCUGUCGGAUUCCAUGAUGAAAUCCAGGGAUAUUAUUGCCAACGUAGGAGGUAGUAGCAGUGAGGGUGCUGGCCAUAAGGCUGGUAGUGACUCUACUAGUGUAUUGCGUGACUUUGCACAGCAACUUAUGGUUGAGGUGGUGCGAACGAAUAGGGGACAGGAUUGUCCUAUGACUGAUUUGAGUUGCUCCAUUGAGCAGUUCACCAGGUUGAAGCCCUCGGUUUUCGUGGGAAGUGUAGAUCCAGUUCGUGCUAAGAAUUGGAUCCAAGAGAUCGAGAAGAUCCUGGAUGUUUUAAACUACACAGAGAAGCAAAAGGUAACCUUUGCCAAAAGUUGGCAGGGGAGCCUGCAAGAUGCGAAGAAGGUCUGGAAGUUUCAUAGGGGUCCGAGGAAAGAAAUCUAUAGGCAGACAGCGAUCUUGCAGUUGCAAGACUUUGCUACGUUGGUUAAUAAAGCCACUGUGGCAGAGGAGUGUUUGCUAGAGGACGCGGAGUUCCAAGUCCCGAAGAAGAGGCCAGCGCCUCCUAGUUCUUCGCCUGGGGCAAGGCAGGGGGAUUGUAUGCAGUGUGGUAGGCAAGGGCAUCGGUCGAGAGACUGUCGUGUGCGGGGAAACAGUGGAACUUCGCAGCAACCAUACAAGGGAAAUACUCAAGCACAGCAUGGUGGUCAGCAAAGGGGUACAGCCCAAGUUAGGGUGUAUUCUCUGACUCCAGCUGAUGUAGAGAACGCUUGCGAUGUUGUCACAGAGGUGCAACUGUUAAACUAUGAACUGGUAGUGGCUACGCCGUCUGGGCCUGUAGUCGAAUGUAGCUAUGUUGUCCGUAAUUUUCUGGUUGAAAUUCAUGGGAGGAUACUACAAGUUGACCUUGUGGUGUAUGACAUGCUUGGCUUUGAUAUCAUCUUUGGGAUGGACUGGUUGUCGUCCAGUUAUGCUAGUAUUAACUGCCACAAGAGGGAGGGGUAUCUAGAGUUUUUGAAAGACACACCAGUAGAAGAACGGGAUCUGGAGAUGAUUGCAGUAGUGUGCGAGUUCCCUGACGUGUUUUUAGAGGACUUGUCAAGAUUACCUCCGGACCGUGAAGUGGAAUUUGCUAUAGAGUUAGCCCCAGGUACGGCUCCAAUAUUGAAAGCUCCGUAUCGUAUGGUUCCGGUUGAGCUAAGAGAGCUGAAAGAGUAG